GCCGGGAGCGCGCGCCUCCCGUCCUCGCGCCAGGUCCUGCUGGGUCUCUCAGAGCUGCACACUCCCCGAAUCUCCUGCCACAGCCGUCGCCUUCGCGGCGGCUCUCCAGCCCGGUGCCUCAGCCUCGGCGCCGCAUCACCACGUCCCAGACCUCCUUCCCUCCCUCUGCCACUCCCCCUCCCUUUCCCGCCCUUCUUGCCCACCCGGCCGGCAGAGAGAGCCUGGAUACGAAGCAGGCGGGCUUCAGAAGGGAGUUGGAAAAAUGGAGGUUCCGCGCCUGGAUCAUGCCCUCAACAGCCCCACCAGCCCCUGUGAGGAGGUGAUCAAAAACCUCAGCCUGGAGGCCAUUCAGCUGUGCGACCGGGACGGGAACAAAUCACAAGACAGUGGCAUAGCAGAGAUGGAAGAACUUCCUGUACCACAUAACAUCAAAAUAAGCAAUAUAACGUGUGACUCAUUCAAGAUUUCAUGGGAAAUGGAUUCAAAAUCAAAGGAUCGCAUUACACACUAUUUUAUUGACCUCAACAAGAAAGAGAACAAGAACUCCAAUAAAUUUAAACACAAGGAUGUUCCCACAAAAUUGGUGGCAAAAGCUGUUCCCUUGCCUAUGACUGUCCGUGGACACUGGUUUUUAAGCCCAAGAACUGAAUAUACGGUAGCAGUGCAGACUGCCUCAAAACAAGUUGAUGGUGAUUAUGUUGUGUCUGAAUGGAGUGAAAUUAUAGAAUUCUGCACUGCAGACUAUUCAAAAGUUCAUCUAACACAAUUGUUGGAGAAGGCUGAAGUGAUUGCAGGACGCAUGCUUAAGUUUUCUGUUUUUUAUCGUAAUCAGCACAAAGAAUAUUUUGACUAUGUUCGAGAACAUCAUGGGAAUGCUAUGCAGCCCUCUGUCAAGGAUAACAGUGGUAGCCAUGGCUCUCCUAUCAGUGGAAAAUUAGAAGGCAUCUUCUUCAGCUGCAGCACUGAAUUCAAUACUGGAAAGCCACCCCAGGAUUCACCUUAUGGAAGAUACAGGUUUGAGAUUGCCGCAGAAAAACUUUUUAACCCCAAUACUAACUUAUACUUUGGGGACUUCUACUGUAUGUACACUGCUUAUCAUUAUGUGAUUCUUGUUAUUGCUCCUGUGGGAUCACCAGGAGAUGAAUUUUGUAAGCAGCGCCUUCCUCAACUAAAUUCUAAGGAUAAUAAAUUUUUGACCUGUACAGAAGAAGAUGGGGUGCUGGUUUACCACCAUGCCCAGGAUGUCAUUUUAGAAGUCAUUUACACUGACCCUGUGGAUCUUUCUCUGGGCACCGUGGCAGAAAUCACUGGUCAUCAGCUCAUGAGUUUGUCUACUGCAAAUGCAAAGAAAGAUCCCAGCUGCAAAACCUGUAAUAUCAGUGUUGGACGUUAAUGCCCACUUUUCUUAUUCUUACUCAGCCCCUUUUCCUCCAUUAGGAGCAUUGGUCCUGUUGUCCAUUUUCAUCACCAGAUGUUUUCCACUGAAGCAUGCACAUGCCACUGUCACCAAAAACGAACUACCACUUUCCAAAUUCCAUUCAGAGCCAUUUUAGUGUUUUCCUAUUCCCUACCCCUCCCACUACUUUCAGUGAUGAAAUACCCUAAGUUCUCCUUCUGACACUUUAUUGCCUAGAUGCUGCAAUGUUUUUAUGUUUCCUUUAUGCCAAACAUAACAAAACAGUUAUAUAGACCGCUUUAGCAAAGUACACAAUAAUGGCUUAUAAAUGGUGUUUAAAUAUGCAUUCAUUUUAAUCUACUGAACAAAUAUUGGGAUAACUCCAAACCGCAUGAAAGGGUGUAAUUGCAGCAUGAGUUAAAUCUUGAAGCCUAGAAUUGUCAGCACUUCCAACUUCUUGUUUGACAGUGUUAUUUAUGUUAUUUAUAUUAGCUAACAGGAAACAACUACUGUGUUUCAACAUAAUAAAUAUAAUAGAAAAAUAUUUUAUUUGUAUUGUUGUAUAAAAUAUUUACAAUCAUAUAGAAUAUAUAGUUACAUUUUAAUAGCAAUUGUGUACAUGUCACGAAACCAUUUCCCUUAUCAAAGAUGUAAUUUGUAAACCUCAAAUAGUUGUGUAUCUGUCCUGUUACAAGUAGAUGACUUCAAUUAAACAAAUGUAUGAAGGACAUUAUUCUGAUUCAUAAAAGUUAUAAAAUAUUAGGUAAAUACAGAGAAAACAAUAAGCCUCUGAAAUAGUCUGUUUCUGAAAUAGUCAAUAGUCUUCCCAUCCAAACUAUAAGAAAAUGUGAAUUUCUUCAACAUCAUACUUAACGUUACAGAAAAUAGAAAUACAAACAAGGUUGGUACAUGAGAGAAAAUGUUGGCCUUUUACUUCCUUUUACAAAAAUGAAAAUAAUAAACAUGUUUUAGUAUAAAAUAACACAAAAUGAUAUACACUAAAGUUGAUGAAGCAAAUAAAUAUCCUGGCUUCUUUUUCAAGGUAUCAGGGCAAUUUCCAAACCUUUCAUUUUGUACAGAAGGAAGAAUAACUACAGCUCAAGGGAAAUGUUUUGACUUUACAAAGUAUAGAUGUUGGAACACUAAGAAAAAUGUAUAUUCCCAAUGAAAAAAUAGUUAUAUCAUCUUAUAGUAAACAAAAAGAUUAGCAAUAAUACUAUGGACAUAUUAGAUUAUAUACUGCAGACACAUAUCUAUCCAAAAUACCUAUUUUAAAUUUUUAAUACAAUAUUUUAUUUUAAUAUAAACAUCUGUCAGUUAUAGACAAAGAUAAUAAUUCACAAAGUACAUGCUAUCAGAAUGAACUUUGGUAACCAGAAAUGUAAAAUUUCAAAUAACAGAUAAAAUAAUGUGUUAUUUUUAUAGAGAAAUAAAAAAAAUAGCAGUAACACAAUCUAGGUUAUUUUAGGGUACUGAGAGCCUAGCAGACUUAAGGGACAAGGUAGUAAAUGUUUUAUCACUCAAAAAUCCAUUAGAAGUUUCAAAUAAAUUACUUUCUUGCUAGGUACAUUUGGUACAUUCCUUCCUACUUGAAAAGCAGAAUUUCUUUUCCUCCUCUGAUUGAUUUUUAAAAAUCAUGCUCUUUUCCAUACAUCAACAUAAACAAUCUUUGGAUACUAAAUAAACUUUCCCUAACAAGCAUCCUAGCCAUGUUAUUUAGAUUUGAUAAAAUAUUAGACAUUUUUAAAAAUACUUGUAUUGACUAUGAGUUUUCUGCUUGGCAUGGAGGACACUGAGUUUUUUCCCAAUUAUAUGGCUACCUGUUGUAUCCUUCCCCCCAUUUAAAUCCCUUCUCCUUGUAUAUAAUUAAACUUGCUAUUCCUUCUUGAAAACAGCUAAUACUACCA